GCCUGCCGUGUCUGCCUUCUGCUUCUCGCCCUUCUGUUGCGCUGACUCCGUUCACCUUCCUCACUGUCCGUCGAGAAGGGUCGCAUCAUCUGAUGGUCUGAGCGCCAUGGCUGCCUAAAGCCUCUAGCCUCCGUUUCCUUCGCCCAUCAUCACCACCACCUUCACCACCACCGCCGUCACGAACGCCGUCCUCGCCGACCGCAUCCCUCAUGCGGGUGCCCAUACCCAACAUGGACACCUCUCCCCGGCCAGACACGCCAGAGGACAGCAUGGACAAUGAGGACUACGAUGAUGGACAGUCCACGCAGUUGACGCAGGAGAUGCUGGAUCCAAGGCGGCUGGGCCUCAAUCAUUCGGGACUUCACGCAGAAGACGUUGCAGAUGUCAUCUGCAUUCUGCACCCCUCUACGCCGGCGGCCUACAAGUUGACACAAGAAUACUCGAGGAAGAGCCCUCACUUCUGCCUUCAGUAUCGCGACCUGCCUGCCGAUCCCCCCGAUCUCGACGAGGACAUGACUUUUAUUCUUGACGAAGAGGAGGCCGCAAGGCAGGGUCAAGCCCCGCUAGAUUUGGCCUUUCGCUUCUCAGACAGGACGAAACAGCCACAUUUGGGUCUCACCUUUGGGCGUAAUCCUCAGUCCUGCGACAUAGCCAUCACGAGAGACAGCAAUCGCCGGAUCAGCAAUACCCAUUUCUGCAUCCACUUGAAUGAGACUGGCGUACUUAUGAUCAAGGACCUGAGUACCAAUGGGACCAUGGUUGAUGACACUCUUCUUAAGGCGAGGACUAAUCAUCACCCUCAUAGUCGCAUGCUCACGCAAGGCUCCGUCAUCCAGGUCCUUUCGCCCUCGCAUGGAGAAAUCAUCAAAUUCAUCGUCCGGUUUCCGUCCCGCGAUCCGCACUACCCAGCCUACGAGAAUGCCAUGCAGAACUAUCUGAUUCGACAGGCAGAAAUUGUACGCCAGUGGCGGAUCUCGAAGGGCCUCCCUGUAGGCCCUCCGGAUUUCACUCCUCGCCGACACACAACUUUCACCGCGUUGAUGCCAAACAACCAGUAUGGCAUGAGAUGGAGCGGCGGCGAGAAGUACAACGUUGUAGGUCACAUUGGCAAAGGGGCGUUUGCCAGUGUGUACCAAUUGGCUACCAAGCUUGAUGGCCACCUGUAUGCCGCCAAAGAGUUGGAGAAGCGUCGCUUCAUGAGAAAUGGCGUCCUGGACACUAAGCUGGACAACGAGAUGAGAAUCAUGCAGUCCAUCAGCCACGACAGCGUGGUCGCAUACCAUGAUUUCAAAGAGGUCGACGACUACCUCUACAUCAUCAUGGAAUAUGUGCCGUGCGGCGACUUGCAACAGUACAUUGGUCGGCAUGGGCCUGUGCCGGAAGGUAUGUCCAAGCAAAUGGCUCAUCAAGUAUUGGACGCGCUGGAUUAUCUCCAUAAGAAGAACAUAACCCACCGCGACAUCAAGCCGGACAACAUCCUCCUCAAGUCCACAGACUCUAACAAUUUCAUCGUAAAAUUAUCCGACUUCGGUCUGUCCAAGGCGAUUAACACAAGCGACACUUUUCUCAAGACCUUUUGUGGCACUUUGCUGUAUUGUGCACCAGAAGUCUUUCCGCACUAUGACUCCCAUCCGCUCCCGCGAGGCGUCAAGCGUUCUCGUGAGCCCCGGGCCAAUCGCAAAUUUCACAGCUACAGCCACGCGGUUGACAUAUGGUCUUUCGGCGCGGUACUGUGGUACACGCUAUGCCACAAACCACCGUUCGAAGGCAUUGCCGACGCCACUGGACGUGGUAUGUUUGACAACAUUAUGCACACCCCACUGGACACAAGCGAACUCGACAAGCAUGGCAUUUCGGACGCUGCAAUCGAUUUACUCGUAUCGAUGCUUGAUACGGAUCCUCUCACCAGAUACUCUGCCGAAGACUGUCUCCGUCACGCCUGGUUCGGUCUGGAGGAGCCGCCUCAGCGACCAUACGAAAUAGCACUGCAUGACAUUCAGGAGGAGGACCAAGACGCGGUCUCUGGCGCCCAGGAGGAUGUUGCAUCUCUCAGCCUGGAUGAGCGAGCCACUGCUGCUGCUGCUGCGCGUGGCCAACACCAGGAAGAAGUCAGCCUCAACGAAUCCGAUCUGGACUUCUUCGAUCCUCGACAAUCAAAGAGGAUGAAGACAUUGGAGCACGACGAUCACGAGCACGAGCAUGAUGAUUUGUUUGAUUCCAGCCCGGACUUGCUGGGCUCCAUCCCAAUUGCUAAUGCCGAAGGACAAGCACACGCUCAAGCAUUGCAGGCCGCUGCUCCUGCGAACAGGCCGCCCAAGCUAUUCGGAGAGAUCAGCCAGUCAGACAUGCGCCAGCAGGCACUUGGCAGACAGCGAACCGAGACUGAGCAGCUUGGGACCAGCUCAACUGAGUCACAGGUGGAGGUGCCUUCCAGCCAGAGUGAGGGAGCGAUACACAGUGGCGCACACAAUGGCAGUUUGCUGGGCACAGAAGUAAUGGUGCGUGAGAUGGAUAUUGAGUCGCCAUUCUUGCCGAGCUCGUUUGAUGUAAGUCAGGACGGCAGUGCACACUCCAGGCCAUGCACACCUCUGGGUACGGACAAUGGUAGCGCCAGGCAUACUCCACAAGACUGGCCGCAGCAGGCUUGCGAUGAAACACCCAGACAGCCAGUUUUCACACGCCGUUUUGCUGUUCCAGUAUCAGCCUCCUGCUUCUACGAUCCUGCGGACCCUUCAACACAUAAUGCCGAAUACGCCUCCCGCGUGAGCGGGCACGACUUUGUCAACGAGCCAGACUACUAUCCGAAAGAACGAAUAGUCUUUCCGUCCAGUCGUGCCAGUAACAGGCAGCCAAGUGAAUCACACAGCGCUCCAACACCGUCCAUUGCUCCCGAACCGGAAGUGCGCCCUCCAAACAAUCUUCCGAUUGCGGUGAGUAAUCCUCGCUCUAUCGAGGCCUUGACCAUCCCACAUUGUGUCACCACUCGGAAAGGAGAUCCAGUGGGCAGGCUCGUAUCGACGCCGGACUCGUUCGCCGACAUCACAGUAGACCUCAAACAGCGGAAGAACACCUUCGGUCGCGAUAAAUACUGCACAACUUCUUACGAGGACAAAAUGGAUACGAGAGUGGGAAAGCAAGCCUUCACGAUAUUCUUGCAUGCUACAGGCAUCGAGAACAUUCCUGAGGGCGAAGAACACCUCGAUCGCUUGCCUGGUGCAUAUGUUGGCAUUCUCACGCAUAGCAGCAACGGUGUGACUAUCAACGGCCAGAGGUUGAACAAGGCGGAGCGCCCUGGCAGGCAAACGUACGGCAAACUGCACCAUGGUGACGUUGUCGAAGUAUGGCCACGCAUCAAAGAUCAGAAGGGACUGGCGUUCGUGGCCGAGAUUUUCCAAGGAGAAGGCAAGAAUCCUCGACCCGCCCAUGCACCAGCGUUCGAGAUUGAGAUGGAGUCGUCUUACUCGGCCUACUCCUACGAGGCGGAUUACGCGACUGAGAAGCCUCCGUAUAACCAGAGCGCGACAGCGUAGUAUAGCAGCAUGCUUUUGGAGAUUCGGCGAUCGGGGGGGGAUCAGGUCACAAUCGCUGGGAUGAGCCGCAUCACAGUCAGCAACAAUGUCAACGCACAAUUGUUUCGGCACGGCGCACAAGCUAGAUUGCUACUCUUGGGCGCUUCCACGAGCAUGCAACGAUGUAUCAUAGUCAGAACCACGCU